AUGGCUGAGGGGUUCCUGAAGUUGGAAAAUGAUUUGGAAGGAGAAGCUGAGAAGUGUUUGCAAGAGCUUGUCAAUAGAUGUCUAGUCCUCGUCUGCAAGAAAAGUCUAGAUGGAACAAGAAUUAGAUCAUGUAAGGUUCAUGAUCUAAUAUAUGACCUGUGCGUGAGAGAAAUUCAAAAGGAGAACAUUUUUAUCAUGAACGACAUUGUGCUUGGCGUAUCCGAUUUGGAAUGUAGAUAUCUCAGUAUGCAAAAAAUGCAGCCCUUUAAACGCGUGACUGGUGAUGAAAUUGAUUAUCGCCGCUAUGGUCUUUAUAGGGCUGGUGAUGAAAUUGAUUAUUGUCGCUAUGGUCUUUAUAGGUCUCUUCUUACCCCUGCACAUCAUCAGUUGAGAGAUCAUGACCACAACGAUCUUUGGAAACGAACCCGUUCUAUUUUCUCUUUUCUUCUUAGGGAUUCAUAUUUUAUUCUCAAAUCAGAGCUUAUUCAUUUCAAAUUACUCAAAGUCUUGGAGUUGAGACACAUAGAGAUUGAUAAUUUCCCUCUACAGAUACUAAACCUCAUCUGGUUGAGUUACCUAUCAUUGCAAUGCGAUGAAAAUUUAGACAUUCCUCAAGAAAUUUGCAGGUUAUGGAAUCUGCAGAUGUUCAUUGUUCAAGCAAGUGCAAAAGCUUUUCCAGCAACACUCAAGAAGCUGAAGUUAAGACUUACUUCAUUAAGGUGGUCGUACUUGGACAUCAUAGCUGAGUUGCCUAACCUUGAGGUGCUGAAGCUGAUGACUAGUGCUUGUGAUGGUGAAGAAUGGCAUCCAAAUGUUAGGGGAUUUGCUCGAUUGAAGCUUUUGUUAAUUGAAAAUAAUGAUCUCAAGUACUGGAAAGCCACAAAUGACAAUUUUCCUGUCCUUGAGCGCCUCAUGAUUAGAAGUUGCCAAAAAUUAAAAGAUAUACCUAUUGAGUUUGCAGAUAUACACACACUACAGCUGAUUCAGUUAAGAAAGUGUCCUCCCGAACUUGGGGAAUCUGCUGCACGGAUUCAGAAAGAACAAGAAGACCUCGGAAACAACCUUGUGGAUGUCCGUAUCUCCGAUCCAUUGAAGGAGAGUGAUUAUGAUUUAGAAUAA